UCGGUUCGACUCGCCUUGCUCCGACCCUUUGCACUACGGUCGGCGCCGUCUUGCUGCUGCUACUGUCGCCGCUGUAGUCAAAACUCCUCCCGGCCUAAAAGUUGUCUGGUGCAAAAUUCCUUCUGCAGCAGCAGCCCGAAAGAAAGCGAGAGCGUUAGCCAGCCAGCCGCCGCGGGCAGAAGGGAGGGAGCUUCGGCGACGGUGGAUGCCUAUUGCCCCUGUUGCUGCUGCAGCCGGCCAGCCAGAAGCGCGCGAGCGGAGAGGGGUGCAUCCUGCCCGUUGGAGAGGAGCGCGGGGGCUCGUCCCCGGUGGCCCCGGAGCUGACCUUGCCUGGCCCCGCGCUGCAAAGGGCGACUCACCUGCUGCCUGCGCAGCGCGCCGGGACUAACUCGAGCGGGGCGAGAACACACACUCGCACACACGGAGAGGCAAACUUGCCGCAGCUGUCGACGUCGCGGGGUUGGAAAGCGCAGAGAUGCAGGGAGCCCUGAUGUGUCUCAGCCUGGCCGGGCAAAGACGCGGGAGCCGCGGGAAGCGCACCAUGCCAGGGACGCGGCUGAUCCUCAGCCUGACUCUCCUCUGCGGCUGCACGCAGCUUCUGGUCGAGGCCAGCUCCUGGUGGUCAUUGGCUAUGAACCCAAUCCAGAGACCUGAGAUGUACAUCAUUGGCGCCCAGCCCGUGUGCAGCCAACUGCCGGGGCUUUCCCCUGGGCAGAGGAAGCUGUGCCAACUUUACCAAGAGCACAUGGUGUACAUUGGUGAGGGGGCCAAGAACGCCAUAAAGGAGUGCCAGUACCAGUUCCGGCAGAGACGGUGGAAUUGCAGCACAGUGGACAACACGUCUGUGUUCGGCAGGGUCAUGAGCAUAGGUAGCCGAGAGACUGCAUUCACUUACGCUGUUAGCGCUGCCGGGGUGGUGAAUGCCAUCAGCCGUGCCUGCCGUGAAGGGGAGCUUUCUACCUGUGGUUGCAGCCGGACAGCCCGACCAAAGGACCUGCCCCGAGACUGGCUUUGGGGCGGAUGCGGGGACAAUGUGGAAUAUGGCUACCGUUUCGCCAAGGAAUUUGUGGAUGCCAGGGAGAGGGAGAGGAACUAUGCCAAGGGAUCCGAGGAGCAGGCCCGCACACUCAUGAACCUACAGAACAACGAGGCCGGCCGCAGAGCAGUGUACAAGUUGGCUGAUGUCUCCUGUAAGUGCCAUGGAGUCUCAGGUUCCUGCAGCCUCAAGACCUGUUGGCUGCAGCUGGCUGACUUCCGCAAAGUGGGAGACCUCCUGAAGGAGAAGUAUGACAGCGCUGCCGCCAUGAGGAUCAGCCGCAAGGGCAAGCUGGAGCUAGUGAACAACCGCUUCAAUUCGCCUACUCCAGAGGACUUGGUGUACGUCGACCCCAGCCCCGAUUACUGCCUACGCAACGAAACCACGGGCUCCCUGGGCACCAAGGGCCGGCUCUGUAAUAAGACCUCGGAGGGUAUGGACGGCUGUGAGCUGAUGUGCUGUGGCCGAGGCUACGACCAGUUCAAGAGUGUGCAGGUCGAGCGUUGCCACUGCAAGUUUCACUGGUGCUGUUACGUCAAGUGUAAAAAGUGCACAGAGAUUGUCGAUCAGUACGUCUGUAAAUGAAGGGCCCACAAGAGCUACAAAUCUAUAUUAUAUAAAUCUAUAUAAAUCUAUUUUAUAUAUUUGUAUAAAUAAAUAGAUGGUGAUGAUGAUAAUAAUUAAAGACAUUUAUUUAAGAGACUUUUUAAAAUCUAAAAUGUUUCCAUUAGAACAGCUAGAUGGUUGGGCUGCUCCUUUGUUAUUUAAUAGGGGAGCAAAGCGGGGGGGGGGGAGGUAUUUGUUCACUGGUUCCCUCCCAAUCUUGACGCAAUGCAUCCGGGAUAAAAGGGAUUCUUGAGGGGCCUCGAAAAGGAUCUACCUACAGCUCCUUUAUCACAAAAGCAGGAGGAUGGGAUAUGUUCCCUUUGCUAUCUUGUGACUGGAUUUCAUAUUGGGUGUGUUCUGUGCCUUUUUUGACACAGCCAAAGGAGUGCCCUCCACGCUCAGGUCGCUUUCCAAAAGGACUUUUUUCUGCUUCUUGUCAAAACACUCUGUGGGAUUAAACUACAAGGCGAAUUACCUGUUUUAGAUAUUGGAAGAAUGAUUCAAAAGCAGUGUCCGUGCCUGCUGUGGUUGACGUGUGGAUUGAAGAGAGACUGUUGCACAAUGGCAGAUGGUCCCCCUGCAUCAAGCGGGGGAAGGAAAACAUUACCUUUGACCUAGAAGUCCUGCUUUACCCCUGUAUAUCCUGACAGAAACCCCCGGAAUCUGAUUCUCCUGCAUUUUGUGGAAUAAAGAAAGGCGGCAGCGGAAGUGGAGGGGGAUCUGCUGAAGCUUUGGAAAUGCAAAAUUGUCAGAAGUGGUUUUGCUGGUUGGUGGAUUUUCUCUUCUGUGGAAAAAUAACUGUGUGGUGUAUUGAUCUAACCUCAGGAUACAUGACAGCCGGUGACUGAUCUCUUGGGACUACUUGGAUUGUUUUGGGAAAGGGGCUUAUUCGGCAUGUCUCUGGACUUGAGAGAAAAACAGACAUGAUUCAACACACAGGAUUUGACAAACACAGCACCUCAGUCUCUACGCGGACUCAGAUGGUCAUGGGUGUCACAAGGGCUUUUUCAUCCCCCGUGCCUCUGACCUAGAUGUACAGUUUCUCUUUUAACAUUAAAUAUCCCUUGUUCUUGCCCUCUCCCCUUGUUUUUGUGAGCACAUUUGUUUUGUGUUGCUGCUAAUGCAUUUCACAGCACGGGGACUUUCUGCCAAGUUGGACUCCUUCCUGGCUUAAAACCUUUAUUGCAGUCAGACCCAAUUCUUGUGUUAUUUUUUUGAUAGGUCAAGUCACCAAGAGGUGACAUCUCAAAAGAAUUAUGUCUGUUGCUGGAAGACCAUUUGAUUUGUACACUUCCUUGUGUGCUGAGAGCUGGUUUUCACCAUCCCAAUGGCGAGGGUCAUAUUGCAUUCUGUAAGUUAUAUUGUUACUAUUGACUGGCAACAAUGUAGCAUGUGCCAAAAGAAGAAUCAAAUAUUUCCUUAAAACUAUUGUCAUUGGUUCUGAAAUACAGCAUUAGGAAGUUCAGGGGAAAUUCUGGAAUAUUACUCCAUUCUUUUCUCAUAUCCACAGAUUGGCUAGAGUGGAUUAAAAUGGGCCAGAGCCAAGUUUUGUUAAGGCAGAAGUGUGUAGGGAGGAUGCCUUAGAACAGGGAUCCCCAAACUUUGGCCCUCCAGUUGUUUUGGACUACAGUUCCCAUCUUCCCUGACCACUGGUCCUGUUAGCUAGGGAUCAUGGGGGUUGUAGGCCAAAAACAUCUGGAGGGCUGAGGUUGAGGAAGCCUGCUUUAAGGUUAUGAGAGGAUGAAUGUACACAUAGCAGGUAGCUUGAGGCGGACAGGGGCAAAGAGAAAUUUUGCAUGCAGUGAAAUACAUAUUUGCAUUUGCCACAGGCAAUAACAUACAUGUUGGAUCCAUACAAUUUCCUUAUGUUCCCUUGGGAAGGGAUCACUCUUACCUGCUCUGCAUGCAGAAGGACCCAGGUUCAGUCUUUGGUAUCUCCACUUAGAGGAGGUCAGGUUGCAGGUGAUUUUUUUGUCAUUAUUAUUUUCCUUUGACCAUUGGAAGUUGCUGCUAGCCAGAGUAGACAGAACUGGGCUCGAUGAAGGCCUGGUUUCUAUGUUCUAUUUUGGAAUGUUUGCCAGGCAUGAAAUGUUCCUGAGCCUGACUUUAGGCUCAACUAAAGUUCUUUCCCCCCCAAUUAACUACUAAUUAUGUAGUCAUCCUACUCUGAUAGCCACCCCGUGGAAUACAGGGUCAUGAGCAAUUGUUGUUUUCUUAACUUCCUUGCUAGUGAGCGAUGGAUGAAAAAGGUUUGUUUUUUCAGUACCUACAGGGAUCAUUUGUACUUGAGCAAUAGUCAGAAGACCCAGCCAAAAACUGGAAACAAUUACUGACAAUAUUAUUUGCAAUACUUGCUUUUUAAAACCAACAACAUAUAUUUUUUUUAAAAACAAAUUGCCAAUAGAAAUAAGCAAGUGCCCUGUAAACUAGAGCCUUGUAAAAUACAACUCAGGAUUUUUACAAGCUGUUUUUCUCCAAACAUUUUUAGUCAUUUUUUUUUACCAUUUCUGCUACUAAAGUUGUCAGCAAUGCAUAUAUUUCAUAGGCAACAGAUUUGAAGGGUCCAUAAUAUAUAAGAGGAAGAGCAUUCUGCUUGCAAAUUAACUUGCUUUAAAAAUACUGUUUUAAAAAAAUAUUUUAGGGUUUUAAGCAAAUCAUUAAUCCAUACAUUUCUUGGCACCCCAGAGAGCAAUUUCUUGGAAUACACCAAAUGACCCAGAUUUAUGUUCUUUUUAUAUAAAAUCCAAAGCCAAACGUACAAUAAUUCAAAGUGAUGAAAGCUGUUUUCCACCCAUGGAAAAACUGAGAGGAUAAUGGCCUGAUCUAGCUCCCUUAAUAACAAACCAGUAAUUGGAACGAUCCCCAAAUCCCAUGAAAUCUAUGUGCUACAGAUGCUUGGAAUACAGUAUCCUUUUUUUCUAAAACAGAAAAACAGUGUUUGGGCUGCCUGAAAGGUGUUUCCUUCCUUCAUAUCUCUAACCUUUUAUUAUGCAAUGACUGCACACUGGCUUGUUUCACACACAACACUAAGCCAAACCAUGGCUAAGAAUGAAUAUACAGAUGUGCAGGUACUUUCUGUGAAAAUUCUGCUGCUUUUCUACUCUCUUACUCCUGCCUGCUGCUCUACCUGAAGCUAAACAUGCUUGGCUUAGCAUUACAUCUGAACCCAGUCAUGUCAUCUGUCAGUGUUACAUGUGAACUAGGCCACUGUAUGAUAUUUGUUCUAACUGAGGUCUAACCUCUUUCUAGAUUUUUGGUACAAAGUGAUAUUUAGAUAUGCUGGGCGAUUUAGCCCUCGUCCCUCAUUCUGGGAUAUAAAGAAAAUCCCUGGAAAUGUUGGAGUACAGGAUAGGAGAAUGAUCUGGAGAAUUGUUAUCCUUGAGAGAAGAUUGCAUAUUCCCAUUUCAACCACUAAGAAAACAGCAAGGUGUUUCCUGAUAAACCCAGUUUUUUGUAUUUCUUAAUGGAAAGCAUGAGAAAUGCUCAGAGAGAAUGAAAGGAGUUUCCAGUAUUCUGCUAAAAUUUGUAUUAUUCUUUAAAAUGUUAAUGGAUACCCAUCUUUCCUCCAAAAAGGACUGGCAUUUUCCUCAACAAUAACUAGGCUGAAACACAGUGACUUGCCCAACAACAGUCUGUAAGCUUGAUAGCAGGCAAGAUCAGAACAGAGAUUUUCCGUAUCCAGCCUAAAAGUCUAGACACUGUAUUACACUUUACAUGUUAUCUAAAUUGCAGUAAGAUAGAAAAUACCAUGAGGCACUGUAAAGAACAUGGUGUUGACACAAUCUGUAUCCACAGGUCCUACACUUGAAAAGUACACAUGGGUGGGACAAAGGUGAAAUGUGAGGGGGAAGGCUUUGAUGAAGGACUAACAAUGAUGGGGGUGGGUGUUGAGAAAGUUUUAACAGGUAGUACAAGAUGGGUGGAUCACUGAUUGAUCAGAAGAGACUUUGUAAAUGAAAAGGUUUUGAAGGGUUUAAAAGAGAGGUGGGUGUUGAUGAAAGUUUUAACAGGUAGCACAAGGUGGGUGAAUCACUGAUCAAAAAAGACUUUGUAAAUGAAAAGGUUUUGAAGGGUUUAAGAGAGAGGUGGGACUGGUAUUUGUUACUGCACUGCAAAGAAGGGGGAAAGGUGCUUGAAACCAGAGGAGGCCAUAUAGCUAAGAGGAACAGGUAAUUUAUCAAAUGGUUGGAUAGAUAGUUGUAGAUUUUAAAUAGUGCUCUGGAGUAUACCCAGUAAGGCAGAACUGCACAUGACUAAAUAAGAAGUUUUGAGUUUUUGCACCAAACCAAUCUCUGCUGCUUAUACAACAAUGGCUUGACCAUCUUUGCUUAUUUGUACCUCACAUUCUAUAUACUGAAUUGGGGGCAAGGCAUUUCUAAACUGUAUAUUCCACUGUUGUGAAAUGUCACAACAUUAUAUGCAGACUUAUUUGGGAUUGCUAGGGGCAUGCUGCCACGGCUGGAGCCCUCUGGCAAGUAAUUCCAUGUGGAACCCACCAUGGGUUUGAGAGUGAAGGUCUGCAGUGGGGAAGUCUCCUACACUUGUUGAGGCUUCCAUGAUGUUUAGAACCCAUAUUAUGCAAGGUUCUAGAUCACACAGGGGGUCUCUAUUAGUUCCCACUGCAAAUCAAUUUGGUAUCACAAACAUCUGCUCUGGAUUGCACUACCUGUGAAGUUUGCUCUCCCAAACCCUUGGACUGUUCCAAAUGAUGUGGUACAUUCUUUUGUGACACUCAGCUGCGUUGCUAUCCCAGUGACUGCUUGCCUUGCUUGAGCAACCCAGUCAAUUCUGGCUCAUUUUUAUUCACUGUUUGUUUGUUUUUGUUUGUUUGUUUGUUUGGCCUUUUUCUGCUUGUGCUGAAAGAUCUUGAGCAUGUGGAAGAUUGGUUUGCCAAACUGCUGGUUUAGAAGCUCCAGCUUUAUUGUAAUACAAUAAUACUAACACUAUAAUUUAUGUAUACACCUUAUACCUUUAAAGCACAUUCAAAGCACAUUCUGUCCUUCAAAAAAUUAUGGACAUUGUAGUUUGCUAAUGGUUGCAGGGAAUUGUAGCUCUGAGGGGUAAACUACAGUGCCCAUAAUUCUUUGAGGAAAAGAAUGUACAUUGAAUGUGCUGUAAACUGUACACACAGGAUUUGUUCAAACUUAGCGCAUAUCCUAUACAUUUAAGAUAAUGCUAUAAAAAUGUGUGAUCAUAGAUUUAUUUUGUUGUUAUUUGAUUCCCCACACACUGUGUCAUCAGUGAAACUGUAUGUUGAGAGAUACAUAGAGCAGGAAAAAGGAGCUACUCUUAAACAUAGUGUAUGGUUCGACUAUAGAAUUCACUACUGCAAGAUGUAGUGAUAGCCACUAAUCAUAGCUGUCAACUUUCGGAUUUGAAAAUAAGGGAUCAGCAGCAGCCUCACCUGUCCCGGGGACAGUCUAUGGCAGGCAUCCCCAAACUUUGGCCCUCCAGACUACAAUUCCCAUCACCCGUGACCACUGGGUCCUGUUAGCUAGGGAUCAUGGGAGUUGUAGGCCAAAACAUCUGGAGGGCCACAGUUUGGGGGUGCCUGGUCUACGGUAUCUAACAAUCCAGGAUAGUAGCUGGAAACGGCGUUGGAAUAAGGGAAUUUCCAGCAAAAAAAGGGAAGGCUGACAGCUGUGGCUUGGAAUAAGGGAGUUUCCCGCAAAAAAGGGAGGUUUGACAGCUAUGCCACUAAUUUGGAUGACUUUAAAAGAGGAUUAGACAAAUUAAUGGAGGAAAGGGCAACCAAUAGCUACUAGGCAUGAUGCUGCAAUACCUCCAGUAUCUGAUGCAGUAUGCCUCUCAAUGCUAGCUGCUGGGGAUCAUGGGAGAUGGUUAUUGCAUUAAUUUCUUGCUUGUAGUCUUACCAAGAGUCAUCUGCUUUGGAACUGUCGGAACAGACCAGAAAUGCUUUUGGGGUGAUCCAUUUUAACAUAGGGAGCUGUCCUAUCCUGAGUCAGACCAUUUGCAUACAUAGCUCAGUAGUGUCUACAGCGACUGGCAGCAGCUCUCCAGAGUUUCAGAGUGCGGUCUUUUCCAGACCUACUUUG